AGACAGAUACGCCGCCUGUCGAGGAUGAGCCGAAGGAUGCAAGGAGCAGCAGUGCCAGUGGCAGCAGGAGAAGAAGCAGGAGGAUCAGGAGCUGGAGCAGUGUGUGCAAAUGUUGUGCGAGCCAUUAAUCACACGAUUUCAUGAAUACAUCAGCCAGUGAGGCGCAGAGUCGGCCAGACGAUGUUACCAAGGCUAGGACAAGUACUCACACACGCACACACGCACACACGCACAACCAAAGAGGCACACACGCAGUCACACACAUGGGCAAGCCCACAUAAG